AUGGCAACUUCGAACAAUGAUAGAAUUGUCGUGUUAAUAGAUAUGGAUUGUUUCUUCUGUCAGGUUGAAACAAAACUUCGACCAGAAUAUGCAGGAAAACCACUUGCUGUUGUGCAAUAUAAUCAAUGGCAGUUAGGAGGAAUAAUUGCUGUUAAUUAUGAAGCAAGAGAAUAUGGUGUUACAAGACAUAUGAGAGGUGAAGAAGCAAAAGAAAAAUGUCGAGAUAUUGUCUUAGCUAGUGUACCUUGUCUUCGUGGAAAAGCUGAUACAUCAAGAUACAGAAAUGCGGGUCGUGAAGUUAUUGAUGUUAUAAAGAAUCAUUGUAAUGUAAUAGAACGUGCUAGUGUGGACGAAGCAUAUUUAGAUAUUACUGACAUAGUUAUUAAAAGAAUGUCCACAAAUUUAAGUUCUUCAGAAUAUAUAAUGACACAGCUUCCAAAUACAUUUGUAGUAGGAUAUUCAGAAGUUGGAAAAAAUGAUGAAGAAGAAAGAAGUAAAAGCACAAGAUCUUGGAUAAUAAAUGUGUUUGAGGAAUUUGAAGAUAUACAAGCACAAAGACUUGCAAUAGCUGGAGUAAUAGUUGAACAAAUAAGAGCUGACGUAUACGAUAAAACUGGAUUUAGAUGUUCAGCUGGUAUUGCACAAAAUAAGAUACUAGCUAAAUUGGCAUGUGGAUUACAUAAACCAAACAGGCAAACAAUAUUGCCUGCAUCUGCAGUACCAAUACUGUACUCGACAUUACCAAUCAAAAAAGUUAGAAAUCUUGGUGGAAAGUUUGGAGAUGUUGUUAUUGAAUCUCUAAAUUGCAAUGUUAUGGGUGAUUUAUUGCAGUAUUCAUUGCAAUAUUUACAAAAACGUUUUGAUGAUAAAACAGGAUUAUGGUUAUAUAAUAUUGCUCGAGGUGUAGAUAAUGAACCUGUUACUAUGCGGUUGGUAUCAAAGUCAAUUGGGGCAUGUAAAAAGUUUCCAGGAAAACAAGCUAUUACUUCAUUAGAUGUGUUAAAACAUUGGGCCAAUGAAUUAUCAGCAGAAGUUUGUGAACGCCUUGAACAAGAUCUUGAAGAGAAUGAACGACGCGCAACAUUAGUAACUAUUUGUUAUCAUUAUUAUCAAAAUAAGACUACAGUAUCUCAAUCACGUUCAUAUACCUUAAAUUCAUACAAACCAGAGAAGAUGGCAGGUCGAUGUGUGGAAAUUAUAUCUAAAUCAACACAAUGUCCAAUUGCAUAUUUAGGUAUAUCAGCUGGUAAAUUUGUACUAGCUAAAGGUAGUGAAAAUUUUCGGAAUUUCUUUAAAUCAAAUAAAUUAGGAUAUCAUCUGGAAAUAGAUGAUCAAAUAAAGAAUAUAAAUGUUGAAAAUAUGUUUUCAGUAGACAAUACUACUAAAAUACUAAAAAGUAAUUUAAAUUUAGAUAAAGUUGUUAAUAUAAUUUCUAAUGAUAAUGAAAUUAAUAAUGAAUCAAGUAAUAAACUGCAACAUGUUGAGCAAAAUUCUAACAUCAGAGAACAAAUUUCUGAUUCAAGAACAGAUUAUUCUCCUACUUCUAGAAGAUUAAAUAAUUUAAUUAACUCGUUGAAUAAACGAAAUAAAACAAAAUUUUAUAAGAAAAGAAUAAAUAGCUCUAACUUAAAUAAUUCCUUAGAUCAAAAUGAUUUCAAGGAGUCAUUUUUUAUGAAUGUUUUUAGCAAAAAAGGAAAUAACGCAGAAAAUACACAUACAAAUGAUGUUGAAUUUAUUGAAUUAAAUGAUAAUACAAAUAUGAAUAUUGAAUUUGAAAACAUAAAAGAAGAUGAUAUUAAAAAUAAGGAAGGAAGAAAUUCUGAUAUAAAAUUGGAUUUGAAUGUAACAAAUAACUGCAAAAAAUAUAUGAAUGAUGAAAUUAAAAAUGAGCCAAGUUCUUCAAGUAUAAAGCUAAAUGAAAAUAAUGAAAUAUAUGAAGAACAAGAUAAUGCACAGUAUAUUAUACAAUUAAAUGAAAUAUUUCCAGAUUUGAAUAAUAUUGAUCCUACUGUAGUUGCAUUGUUACCUCUCGAUUUACAAGAAAAAGCAAAAUUAUAUAUGAAAGUAGAAAAUAAGAAGGAUAAUAUAAAAGAAGUUUUAGUAAAAACAUCGAAAAGAAAAAAUAAAUCUAAAACCAAUACUUUUAAAGGAAAGAAAAAUAAUGAUAUUUCUAGCUUUCUAAUAAAAAAAAGUUCGUCAAAUUUAAUUGAAGUUCCUUCUAAACAAUGUCUUAAAUGUUAUCAAAUGAUACCUAUAUCAAAGUAUCAAGAACAUUGGGAUUUUCAUGUGGCUGAAAGUUUGCAAUGGGAGAUAAAUAAUUCAAUGUUACAAACUAUAAAUAUAAAGAGAAAGGACAAUACAAAUGAUGUACAUACAAAUUCCAUUAAACGUCGACCUAACAGCGAUAUUUCAACAUCUGAUAAAAGUCAUAAGAGUAUAACUUAA